GAAGGAGUCCGUGUAUUGCCAUUCUGAAUCUAUUAUAAAAUGAAAUAAACGAAUAAGGUUUCGCGAGUCUUGCUAAAGAAAACAUAAAAAAAACAUAUCAAUUAUUUAAUUCCACCAGAAAUCUGCGACAGUCCUUUCCCGAAUACCACGCAUAAAAAAAGGUGUAUCUACGGGAUAUAUGAUUUUUUUUACAUUCAUGUAUGAGAGUAUAUUUUUUUUAAUGAAAGCAUUUUUUUUAAAUAAAAAUUUAAUUUCAUCUAUAGGUUCUUGAAGAGGCCUUCAAUGAUUCAUUAGAUAAGUCUUUAGACUCCAUUGACAUUGAAACUGAAUCGUCACCCGCACAUGACAGUAUGGACAUUCGGGAAGAGGAAGCAAUUCCGGUAGAUGUACAAAAAACAUUCGAGACAACUGCUUCUAAUACCGAUGCCACAAACAUGACAACGCAGAAAUUUCAAACAGAUUCCAUUCCACAGAGAACAAGAAGAUUGCAAACGUCAAAGCCCAAGAGAAAAUCUAAAGGUAUCCAGUGUAACCCUUCAGAUAUUGAUUCAGAAUGUCUAGUCGCCACAUCAAAAUAAUUGAUAACCGCAAAUACUACAAGCAGUAGCCAUACACCGGUAGCGACCGAGCAAAACUUGGAUGACAAUGAUGAGAUGGAUGAUGAUGAAGAUGAUGUAGAUGAAUAUGAUAAUGAUCCUGAUUAUAUUUAUAACGAGUCCGAGGAAGAAGAUGGAGACGAUGAGUAUGGUUCUGAUGAUGACGAAGAAACAAGCAAUUACAGGAUAGAAGAAUGUAAUGAUCCAAUUGAAGAAAAGUAUUACAUGGUCUCUGAAACAGCAUUAUUUCAGUUACUCUCAGUAUGUAGAGAGUGUAACAGUCGGUGCGUUCCAAUAAUUGAAUUCAGUAGAGGGACAAUGAUAUCUACAUCAUCUGUAUGUGCUUUUGGACACGUCUACAAGUGGAAAUCCCAAAACUGUCAUGAAAGACUACCAUGGGGAAAUAUUUUACUUGCAAGUGCCAUAAUGUUUAGCGGAAAUAAUACAGCCAAGAUUGUAAGAUUAUUCGAUCAAAUGAAACUGAAAGGCAUUAGUGAACGCUCAGUAAGAAGACUGCAAACAGCAUACACAUCAUGUGCUGUUAUUUAUGAAUUUGACUCACAGCAAGCAGACCUGCUUACUUCCUUGCAAGGUCCAGAUAAACAAGUAGUACUUGGUGGCGACGGAAGGUGUGACAGUCCUGGUUAUAGUGCUAAAUAUGGCAGUUAUACCCUGAUGGACUUGAACACAAAUAAAAUAUUGGACAUUCAGCUUGUUCAGGUUUGCAUUAAUUUAACACUUGAUAGGGUUCUCGAUAUUAGUUUUAAAUUAGAUCUGUAUAAACGUGAUAAAUGA